CCGGCGCCUGUUUUGGGGAGGGAAGGUAGAGUCCCCCAUUUUUCUGAGAGCUUUUCUCUUUUUAGUGCCUACGAAAGCCUUUCUUUCUGUGCUCGCUCCGUUGCCGCCGCCAUCAUGAUGCCCGUUUUCAAAAGCAGCCGACGCGACUUCAACUUCGGGCCGUGGAAGCUGACGGCCGCUCGGACUCACAUCAUCAAGUCGGCCGAGGCCGAGAGAUUAGCUGAAGAGUUGCACAUGCCUUGUGUACCAGAAAUGAUGUUUGGAGACAAUGUCUUAAGAAUUCAGCAUGAAUCUCGUUUUGGGAUAGAGUUCAAUGCAACUGAUGCUUUAAGAUGUGUAAACAACGCUCAAGGUAUGGUUAAAGUUGCUUGUGCAGAGGAAUGGCAAGAAAGCAGGUCUGAGUCUGAGCACACAAAAGAAGUUGUUAAACCAUAUGACUGGACCUAUACAACAAACUACAAAGGAACUCUGCUAGGUGAUACGUUAAAGUUAAAGGUGUCUGCCACAACAGAACAUAUAGAUACAGAGAAACUAAAAGCCAGGGAACAGAUCAUGUUUUUUGAGGAAGUGCUUUUGUUUGAAGAUGAACUUCAUGAUCAUGGAGUUUCAAGUCUGAGUGUAAAAAUAAGGGUAAUGCCUUCAAGCUUCUUUGUGCUGCUGAGGUUUUUCUUGCGAGUUGAUGGUGUUCUUAUCAGGAUGAAUGAUACCAGGCUCUACCAUGAGGCCAACAAAUCCUAUAUGUUACGGGAGUACACCUCUAGGGAAAGCAAAAUAUCAAGUUUAAAGCAUGUUCCUCCAGCACUCUUCACGGAUCCAAAUGAGAUUGCUCAGUAUUUACCAGUCAGAGAAAAUAUUUGUGAGAAGCUGGAGUUUCCAGAAAAUGUGUGUCCUGAAUCUGCAGCAGCACCAGAAGGCACUUAAGCACAAUCUCCAUAACUGAGUGGACCUGAAACAGACUGUGUUCUGAAGACCAUGUAACUUCUUGGCCAUUACCAUUGAAGGCUUCACUACUUGCUGGAUGAGAGAUACUUGGAUAUCUGGUGAAUAUUUCAGUAGCUGAGGCUGGGUAGGCCUAAUUUAAAAAUUUUCCAUGUGUUUUCAUUGUUUCUUUAUUUCUGUGUGCUCAGAGUAAGUGAUAAACUGGUUAAGAACUGGAAUAGGCAUUGGAGAAUAAGCCCCGAAAUCAGCAAUUUGGCACAUAAUAAAUUUCAAAAUAGCUUAGUGUUUUGAAAAAAUAAAGACAUAUUCAUAAGCUCAAACAGCUUCUCAGAAUUUUGUUUUAACCUAGGUCCUUCUAGAACAAAACACUAUUUCAUACAAUGCAUAAGAUGGAGCAUAUUGAUUAUGCUUCCUAUAUUAGCUUUGGUUAUUUUCAUAAUUUGCUUCAUGUCUGUCUUUAAUAAGUCAGAUGAGAGGUGCUGUUUCUUAUCUAAAGAAAACUAAAUCCUUCACAGAAUUGAAAGCAAGUUAAGAGCAGAAUAAUUUUGGCCAAGUACAGAUAAGAGUAAGCUUCUGUUCUGCCUGCUUUCUACCAGUUUUUACUUUGUAGCUUUUUAAGCAGGUUAGAUAUAUAUUAGUAAGGUAGUGUGUUUAAAUUACACAGCACCACAUUCUUGAUAGUCUAAAGCAUUUCUUCAAACAUUAUUAGAACAGGCAACUCCAUAUGUUUCUUCUGUAAAGCACUAGUAACUAAGUUUACAGCUUCUUAAGUGGCUGCUGAAAGUAAGUUAGAAAUUCAGUUUUAAAUUAUUGAUAUUUAAAAUAAGCAUUACAAAAAGAUUUUUAUUUGUGUUCAGAUAAGAGUACAAGAUACCUUAAAUGCCACUCGUUCCUUGCCCUCCCUGUAAUGAAAACCUGUGUUGAAUCAGCUUAAGUGCUCUAUUCUGGUUGCAUCUGGUUGGAAGUAAACUAUACAGCCUGGGAAACCUUUUUAAUUGAAUAUUUAUCAAACAUUCAGUCUCAGUCCCUCAGUAUUUCCCCUUUUCUUGCCUGUUUCCCUUGGAGGAAGGCAAGAAAAAAUGAGGAUAUUGGUAACUUGAGGAAAAUGUUAAAACUCAGGUUGCUUUCACUUGUGAUGGUGUGGACUUAAGUGCGAUUCUCUUCCUAGCAUGUGCAUUUCUGCUGGAAUGACUUGUCUAUUGGAUUAAGGGUGAAACAGUAACAGGAUUGCUGGUUCUGUACUAUUCAUCCACUUUGCAGUAGUGAGUAGGUAUUUCAUUAUCUGUGCCUUAGUUUCCUUACUUAUAAAGGGACAGAACCUAUCUCGGGAGUGUCCUGAGAUAUGUAUGAGAUAAGUAUAUGAGAUAAGUAUACCAAUCCUAUGUAUACUUAGUAAGGAGUAAGUUCCAGUGAACACUGAGACUUUCUUCUGAGGUGACACAUGACUGGCCAAAGUUCUAAAGCCUAUCAGGGUUCAUUCAAAAGAAGUAAUGAUCAGGAGAUCACUACAUAUCCACACAGGGGAGAAAUCUUGGCUUCAAUCUGAAAUACAGCUUGCUCUGAAAAAGGGCUUCUUUGCUUGAUAAAGAUACUCAUGGUUUAAAUAACAUACAUAUAAUGAUGUAAGAAUUUAAGAAAAAUUCAGAUGGUCAAGUUGGUAGUGAAUUCAGAAUCCCCCUACUGGUUACACUGUACUUCCAGUUAUGACUACCCUUUUCUUCAGUAAUAAUUCUGUCCAAAUAGGAUGAAGCUUAUGUUUGCUUAAUCCGGGGAAGGAACUAGGAUAAAAUAGGUGCAGUUUUCACAUUGUAUUUAUUCCAUGAAAAGACCUUGGAAAUAAGGUCAAGCGACUCCUGUAAGUAUGAAGAAACAAACUCUGUUGUGUUCAUGUUUCAUUUCAAGUAGUAAAAUGACAUAAUGUGAGAACUGGUUCUUUUUCAAUUGCCUUUUGUUGAUUUACAAGUGUGUUCAAAACCAGGUGUAGUAAUAUUUCUUUAUACGUUUUUCAUUUUUCUCUCAAAAGAUACUCAUAUGGCAAAAGAUAUGGCAAGUUCAGGCCUAGCUGUGAGACAGGCUGAAUUGCUGUACAUUGUAUCCCUUUAAUAGUCUUAUAUGGUAUACACAAAGUUGUGCUAACUACACCCAGUGGCAACCUUUCAUUAAGUUAUCAUGUUUGGUAUCAACAAACAGCAGAAUUUUACACAAGUUUGGGGAGCAUUCCAGUGCCCAAGAGCACUUUAUUGUUGUACGUCAUUGUGUAUACUGUGUCAUACACAAGCAAGCAAAGUUUCCUGUAUGAGAAUUGUCAUAAGCAUUUCCAAACAAAACAAAACAUCCUUGAAUCUUGGUGAGGUACAGUUUACCAUGAAUAUCUUCAGUAUCUCAAGUACUGAACAGAUCCUGCAUUGUAUUACACCCUUUUGUUUCAGUUGGACUUGUACAGGAGCAGUUUACCAUGAAUAUCUUCAGUAUCUCAAGUACUGAACAGAUCCUGCAUUGUAUUACACCCUUUUGUUUCAGUUGGACUUGUACAGGAGCAGUUACUAGUUCAUACUCUAGGUCUGUGCAUGAAUAAGGUUUUUCAAAUUAUGUAGUCAUCUUUGUGAUGGUUUCUACUAUAAGCACCUGCCAUUAAAUAAAAAUUCAUAUUUUA